CUGUACACACUGCAGGAUUACCCAGGAUCCCCCUGUACAGGACCAUGCUGAGGGUACGCUGUCUCAGAGGAGGGAGCCGAGGAGCCGAGGCCGCUCACUUAAUCGGAGCCAUGGUGGGCCGUUCGGUGGCAGGUUGGGUACAGAAGGCGUUUCAGAGCUCCAGUUCAGCGGCGGCGGUGAGGCCACACCCAUCGGAGGACACGCCCACCCCUGAACCUACAGCUGACCAGUGCCCGGUCUGUGCUUACAAUGAGUGGGACCCGCUGGAGGAAGUGAUCGUGGGGCGCGCCGAGAACGCCCACGUCCCUCCGUUUACUGUAGAGGUCAAGGCCAACACCUAUGAGAAGUACUGGCCGUUUUUUCAGCAGUAUGGAGGACAGACAUUCCCUAAAGAGCACGUGAAGAAAGCCGUGGCUGAGAUCGAGGAGAUGUGCAACAUCCUGCACCAUGAGGGCGUGGUCGUCAGGAGACCCGAACCCCUCGACUGGUCCGUCCAGUACCAAACCCCCGACUUCACCUCCACAGGUAUGUACGCCGCCAUGCCCCGGGACAUCCUGAUGGUGGUGGGUAACGAGAUCAUCGAGGCGCCGAUGGCGUGGCGAGCUCGGUUCUUCGAGUAUCGAGCUUACAGACCCCUCAUCAAGGAAUACUUCAGACGAGGAGCCAAGUGGACCACCGCACCCAAACCCACCAUGGCUGAUGAGCUGUACGACCAGGAUUACCCUAUCCGUACAGUGGAGGACAGACACAAACUGGCUGCAGAAGGGAAGUUUGUCACUACAGAACAUGAGCCGUGUUUCGAUGCUGCAGAUUUCAUCAGAGCUGGAACUGAUCUGUUUGUGCAGAGGAGCCAGGUAACGAACUACAUGGGAAUCGAGUGGAUGAGGCGUCACCUCGCUCCCACCUACAAGGUCCACGUCAUCUCAUUCAAAGAUCCCAACCCCAUGCACAUCGACGCCACCUUUAACAUCAUCGGACCUGGACUGGUGCUGUCCAAUCCUGACAGGCCCUGCCGACAGAUUGAGAUGUUUAAGAAAGCUGGCUGGACGGUGGUGCGUCCACCUACACCUUUAAUUCCGGACGAUCACCCGCUCUGGAUGUCCUCCAAGUGGUUGUCCAUGAACGUCCUGAUGCUGGAUGAGAAACGCGUCAUGGUGGACGCUAAUGAGACAACCAUCCAGAAAAUGUUUGAGAGUCUUGGUAUUAAGACGAUUAAGGUGAGCAUUCGUCAUGCUAACUCCCUGGGCGGAGGUUUCCACUGCUGGACUACAGACGUUCGGCGCAGAGGGACGCUACAGUCGUACUUCCACUGAACCUGCCAGAACCAGCGCAGUUAUUAUUGAGUUCAUCUGUAUACAGCAAUGAAGUGAUGAAUCUGUACGCGGUCCGGUCCAAAAGUCUGAGUGCAACACCGUCAAUCAUCAAAAACUACCAUCAUACACCGUCAAUUAUCUAAAAACUACCAUCAAACACAGUCAAUUAUCUAAACACUACCAUCAUACACCAUCGAUCAUCAAAAACUACCAUCAUACACCGUCAAUUAUCUAAAAACUACCAUCAAACACAGUUAAUUAUCUAAAAACUACCAUCCUACACCAACAAUUAUCAAAAACUACCAUCCUACACCAUCGAUCAUCAAAAACUACCAUCCUACACCAACAAUUUAAAAAUAAACUACCAUCAUACACUCCUGCAUUACAACCAGCCUCACAGGUCUGGUAAAACUGGUCAGGUCUGGUCUGGUCUGGUCAGGUCUGGUCUGGAUUGGCAUCCAUCCUUGUUGCCCCAGACUGGGCUUUUUCUAGCAUGGAUGUCCAAAAUCUAGUUUAGGUUCACUGCCUUGCUCAAGGGCCCAACACUGGCAGCCUGUAAGUAGUGAAGCUUAAACCAGCAACCCUCUAAUUCCCAGUACAGUCCCUUACCCACUAGACUACCACUCCCACAGGUUCAUCUACGUUCUCCUCAGAUACGUGAGACCCUCAGACUUCUGGACCUUUGAGAUCCUGGUAACGAUAAUCGAUUGUUGAUUAUUUUUUUGAUUUUUCUUUGUGCUGUUCAUGUCGGAGCUUCCGCAGAACCAGAGCCCAGACCUGUUAGCUCGAUAUCUCAAUAAUGACUGCACUUCUGACAGACCGCUCAGUGCCACUGUAGAAAAAAAAAAGCCGCCCCGCCGUCCCAAAAAUGGCCAGGGAAGUUCUGCUCUCCGCGUCACCAAGAUAACAAACAUGGCCAGGAAGCUGAAAUACGAGUUACUACCUCCUUUUUACAAUAGAGAGAAAAAUUACAUUCAUGUCUUAAUAAGCUGUUAACAGUUUAUGAUAGAUUUUGUACCUUUUUUAUAGUAGGUCAUUACAGUCCAUUUCUAAAAAUAAUAAAUAUAUUUUAUACAUAGAAACCUGUGAGGAUUUCAGUCAGUACUUCUGUCAACCACCAGGGGGAGACACAGCACACAUGAACCAUCAGGACUAACACAACCAACCCCAUACACACUGUGUUCCAUCAUUUAUAUUGUGGUCAGAAGGUUCCAAAUGAAGACUCGUUCUGCACCCGGGUUACUUCAGAACUUCAGAACCGCUGUGUAGGACGCAAAACCUCACAAAGUUAUGUUGUGUCGUUCAUUUGGGCCGGACGUCCUCCAAAGAACUAUCAGUUCUACUCAAGAGACCGUCGAUUUGCUUGUUAAAUGAAGGCUGAACGGUACGAGUGGUGGUCUGAGCAAGGUACACUGCAUGACCCAAAGUAUCCGGACACCCCACAGUGAGCUGUUGGACACCAAAUUCCAGGGGCAUUAAUAUUAUAGCACCACCACCCUUUUUAAGGCAAUGCCAGCCCUUAUUCAGUCAAAAGAACACUUGUGAGGUCAGGCACUCAUGGUAAACAAGAAGAUGUUCCAAAUCACCCCAGUGGUUUUCUACAGUGUUAAGUGUGCAUCAAAAGCCUGUGGUGUGCACAUGGGGCAGUCAUACUGGAGGAACCUGAUCUGAUUGGAAUGGGUGUGUUCCGAAAAUCUGAAGUUUUAUAUCAUAAGAGGAUUUUAAUCAGGGUUUUCUUCUGUUCCAGUCCUGGAGGGUUUGUUUUAACCACAGUGUUCCUUAACAUGGUUAAGAACUACCAGGACAAGAAGAUGGCAUUCAGUUUACAAUCCCAACAGCUAGUGAGAUUCUAACCUCAACCUUCAGACGAUCAUGGUCAGUGAAGUGGACAGUAAAUAUCAGACAUGUGGUUUCUGUCUCCCCCUGGUGGCCAAAACCAGCACUGACGCCAAAAUCCUCCCAGAUCCAAAAUGUAAAUAUCUUAUAUAUUUUAUACACGUGGUGAAUAGAAUUGUUAGUGGAGUUUAUUGGCAUCUAUUUGUCUGGUUUCCCGUGGGUUGUGCCCCUCUGGAGGAGGGUAUGAUUGAGGUGCUGGUUAAAGAUCCUGAGCCCGUGUUGUUUUCUUCAGCAGCAGAUCGACUCUGUGCUGCUUCGCCGCUCUUUCUGUUCGUUUAUCUGGGAACAUUUUAGCUGCUUUGAGUCUUUUUGAAGUAAGAGAGGUGUGAAUAGGUCAAUAUAUAGAGAAUUAGAUUACAAUAAUAAUAAUAAUAAUAAUAAUAAUAUAAUAUCAUAUAGUAUAAUGAUUCAAGUUUUGGGCUGUAGGCUUGUGCAUGAUGAUGUAAAAAUAUUCAAACCAUGUAUGAGUUUAUGUGGAAUAAAAACAUGUGAAAUUAA